UUUUAACUACACCCACCUUGUGCUGACGUCAUACAUCGGAAGCAGUGCGCCCGGUCAGUCUCAGGUGUCGCGUCUCUCUCUCCAUGGCGCUGCUCCUGCUGCUCCUGCUGCUCCUGGGCUGGUCCGCGCUGCUCCUGCUGCUCGCGGCGCUGCUGCUCCUCCUGGGCUACCUGUGCUACGUGAAGCACGUGCACAUGAAGUACGACCACAUACCUGGGCCGCCCAGAGACAGUUUCCUCUUCGGACAUUCCGCCACGUACCUGAAGGCAACGCGCAGCGGACAGCUGAUACACGACCGGUUCCUGGAAUGGGCGGAGACCUACGGGCCGGUGUGCCGGCAGAACAUCCUGCACUACGUCAUCAUCCUCAUCACCUCGCCGGAAGGAACCAAGGAGAUCCUGAUGUCCUCGAAGUAUCCCAAAGACAGAUUCUUCUACAGCAAGCUCUUCGCCCUGUUCGGUCAGAGGUUCCUGGGUAAUGGCCUGGUGACGGCUCAGGACCACCAGCUGUGGUACAAGCAGCGCCGCAUCAUGGACCCGGCCUUCAGCAGCCUGUACCUGAGGGGUCUGACCGGCGCCUUCAAUGAGAUGGCGGAGAAGCUGAUGGCGGAGCUCUCGGACGUGGCGGACGGCGAGCAGGAGGCCAGCAUGCUGCAGCUCGCCAACUCCUUCACCCUGGACGUCAUCGCUAAGGUGGACCUGGACCAGCUGGCGGAGAGGGCCCGGUUCUCCCGGGCCGUGCAGACGUGCCUCAAAGGGAUGCUCUUCACCGUGAGGGACGCCUUCUUCAAGUUCAACCCAAAGAACAGAGCCUUCAUCCGGGAGGUGCGGGCGGCGUGCCUCCUGCUGCGAUCCACCGGCGCCGAGUGGAUCCAGGACCGCAAGAGUGCCAUGGAGCACGGAGACGACGUGCCCAACGACAUCCUCACGCAGAUCAUCAAGACCGCCGGAGAAGAGGAGAGCAUGACGGAGGAAGAUGAGGAGUUGAUGCUGGACAAUUUUUUGACAUUUUUCAUCGCGGGCCAUGAGACAACAGCCAAUCAACUGGCCUUCUGCAUCCUGGAGCUGAGCCGCCUCCCCGAGGUCCUGGACAGGUAAGACGUGGACAAGUAAGAAGUGGACAGGUAUGAAGUGGACAGGUAUGAAGUGGACAGAAGUGACAGUGGACAGCUCACCUACCUGUCACAGGUGCUCAAAGAGACUCUGAGGCUCUACCCGACGGCUCCAGGUACAUCUCGGGACGUCCUGGAGGACAUCGUCAUCGACGGGAUCCUGAUCCCCGGAGGAGUCACGUGCUUCUUCAGUUCCUAUUCGACGGGCAGGAUGGACAAGUUCUUCAAGGACCCGCUGACCUUUGACCCCGACAGAUUCCACCCAGAGGCCCCGAAGCCGUACUACUGCUACUACCCCUUUGCCCUCGGGCCUCGCUCGUGCCUGGGGAAGAACUUUGCUCAGAUGGAAGCUAAAGUGAUGAUGGCCAAGCUGCUCCAGAGGUUUGACUUCAGCCUGCUGCCCGGACAGACCUUUGACAUCCAGGACUACGGCACGCUCAGGCCCAAGAGCAGAGUGGUGUGUUCCGUGAGACGCCGGAACCACGAGCAAUAGGCGGGCGCAUUAUUACAUCAGCAGAAACCUUAAUGGACCAUGUGGGGACAUCGGGUUGUUGGGUGGCCUCCAGUGUCUCCUGCCUCAGCCUAAAGAUUUCAUUACUGAUUGUUUACAUGUGAUAAAGAUACGCAUCGAGCUGUGCUUGUUUGAAUGUUAUAUACAGUAUAUCAACAAGCAGUGAUAAGGAUGAUGAUUAUACCUAACAAUUAGGGGGAUAUGGGAAAAUACUACUACUACGUCUUGAGUAUGAUUAGCACUUUAAUUGUGCGCAACUAUCGCUAAGCUUCUAAACUUAUUUGAACCAUUAGCACUAAAAAUAAAAUUACAAGUUUACCAUUUUUACCAAAUAAAAACAUGCUGUGUGUCUAAAGCGUGUUUUUGUCUCAUUAUCUACUUCGUUUUACACUAAAAUAAAGUGAUGAUUCCUUCAA